AGAAAAGAGUGGAAAAAGAAGAAAGAACAAAAAAAAAAAAAGGAAAAAACAAAAAUCUGAAACGGAAGCUCCCCUCUACAGACAAGGAUGAGAUUUUUCUCUUCCUUUGAUAAAUCCCAAUACCUAAUUCCCAAUUUCCCUUACUUUUAGGCCGCCGAGAUCGAUAGAGAGAUACGCAUUUGGGUUUCUUUCUAUUUUGUGUAUCAUCAUUCCAUCUCUCUACCCAGAUUCUCCGGAGACAUCUUUUCUUUGUGCUGUCUUGAAAUGCUUUUUUAGUAGUGCUUCUUCUCAUGAUCUGAUAGCUGCAGGAGCUUUGGGUCUUGUCGUAUAGAGAUGCUGUGAAGGUCUUUUUUUAGAUGGGAAAAACUUGUUCCUUUAGUUGUCGAAAGGAUGUCUGUGGAGUAGAAUUGUUUACAAGGAGGUGGCUAUAAAGGAACUUGGUCUUGGAGAGAUGGUUUUAGUUGUGCUGUAAAGAGGUAUCAAGUUUUUGGUUGCUUUUGGAUUUGAUGGGUAAAGAGAAUCAGUUGGAGACCACCGAUUGUGGAGUCAGUGAUCACGGUUCUCCACCUAUCAAGAACGAAGAACAUGAGGCACCACGUUACAGUUCAGACAAAGACACUGGUUUACCAACUUGCCGUGUAUGCCAAUGUGCAGAAUCUGAUAGAAGGGGAGAUGCCGCUUUAGGGUUUUUGGGUAUUACUCCUCCAGUUUCAGAUCCUCGUAAAAGCAAUGCGGGUGAAGAAACCGUUGAUCAGAAAAGCUCGGUUGUCAAAUCUAGUGGAUUCAUUGAACUGGUAAGUCCCGAUGGAGAAGUUUUUGUUUGCUCAAACGACGAUAUAGAAAUGGGUGCUUGGCAGCAUCGAGAUAAGUUGCUAGAACUUGGAUGUUCUUGCAAAAACGAUCUCGCUUUGGUACACUAUGCUUGUGCAUUAAAAUGGUUCGUCAACCACGGAUCAACUGUUUGUGAGAUAUGUGGAAAAACCGCUGAGAAUAUAAGAACAGUUGAUUUCAACAAAGUGGUUAUCUCUUUGAAAGAUUACGCAGCACUUAGGGAAAGAACAGCAGAUGGAGAUCCGAAUCCUUUGGCGGUUAACAACAACAUGAGUUCUUCAGGGAUUGACCCUGAUGCAGUUGCAGCCAUUCGAAGGCAACGGCUUAGUGAGAUUUCGUUAUGGUUUGGCCCGCAUUAUUCAAACAACAACAACAAUAGUAGUAAUUCCGCUUCUGCAGGGGCGGCCUCUUCUCAGCUUACAUCUGAACAACCUUUGGGUACAGUAAACUUUGAUAUCUUGCCUAUGGAAAGCCGUGCAACUAAAUGGGCGGUUGAAGGUACCGGGAUACUACUCGCUACAGGAUUACUCACAGUUACUUUGGCUUGGCUCAUUGCUCCUCGUGUUGGAAAGAGAACUGCAAAGAGCGGGCUGCACAUACUUCUCGGUGGUCUCUGUGCUUUAACAGUAGUCAUCUUCUUCAGAUUCGUUGUGCUGACAAGAAUCAGGUACGGACCAGCACGUUACUGGGCAAUCUUGUUCGUGUUCUGGUUUCUUGUGUUUGGCAUUUGGGCUUCACGUUCACACGCUUCUCACUCCUCCACAUGAUAAACUCUCUUUGUCAUCCUUAUCCUCGUGUUACUUACUACUCUUUUUUGGUCUCUGUCAAUAUCAUUUACGUUAUUCUCUUUCAAGACGCAAAAUGUACAA